AUGAUCCCUGCAUUGUCUGAAAAUAUGUUAGACCCGAACAUUUGUAUCAAAAAGCCUUUUGAUUUCGGAUAUCCUGUUUUGUGUGGAUCUUUAAGAUGGAAACAAGGAGAUGAAGAAGGAAAAUGGGCUCAGAAAGCUAUCGAAACAUUAAUUAAAAAGUUGAAGAAGCGAAAAGGUGUUUUAGAAAGGCUUCAGUACGCCCUACUUCACCCAAACGAGCCCAGUGAGUGUGUAACUAUCCCACGAUCGCUAGAUGGUAGAAUUCAGGUUUCUCAUCGAAAAGGAUUUCCACAUGUAAUAUACUGCAGGGUCUGGCGUUGGCCAGAUCUACAGAGUCACCAUGAGUUAAGGCCUGUAGAGAAUUGUAAAUUACCAUUCAGUUCUAAAGAAACGGAAGUGUGUAUAAACCCAUAUCAUUAUACUCGCGUUGAUUAUCCUGUCUUGCCCCCUGUAUUAGUGCCCAGACAUAACGAAUACCCGACAAUGGAGUCUACUAAAAAGGAGUCUCUAAGUGACGAAACAUGUGAUUCACACUGUUAUUCAGGAUUCCAUGCCGUAAAUUAUCAGGAACCAAAAUAUUGGUGCAGUAUUGUAUAUUAUGAAUUAAAUUCACGUAUUGGUGAAGCAUACUUUGCCAGUAUACCCAGUAUCAUUGUCGAUGGCUUCACCAAUCCAGGUCGGGAUAGUGGUCGGUUUUCCGUAGGAUUUCUAUCAAAUAUCAAUAGGAGCCUGGCUGUUGAAAAUGCCCGCAAACAAAUUGGAAAGGGUGUUCACUUGUUUACUUUUGGUGGUGAUGUUUACGCAGAAUGCUUAUCGGAUUGCAGUAUCUUCAUUCAGUCCCGCGAGUGCAAUGAACGUCAUCAUUUUCAUCCAACAACUGUGAUUAAAAUACCUCCAGGUGGAUGCUUACGCAUAUUUUCCAAUCGUCAAUUUGCUCAUAUUCUUAGUUAUACUAUAUCACGAGGUGUUGAAGCUACUUAUGAUCUUGUACGUAUGUGUACCAUACGAUUAAGUUUUGUUAAAGGUUGGGGUGCUGAAUACCAUCGACAGGACAUUACUUCUACACCAUGUUGGAUAGAAAUCCACUUGCGUGGUCCUUUCUUAUGGCUUGAUCGCGUUCUUCGUCAAAUGGGUCCAAGUAGAAGUCCAAUAUCCUCGGUUUCCUAA